AUGACUAAAAAAUUUGUAAGUGGUGGACUUGGUUCAAGUGAGUUUUGGGCCAUGGUGAAUGGUUUAUGGCCAGGCAAACCACAGUUUACUGAAAGUGAUUAUCCAAAAUUAGAUGGUAAGGUGGUAAUUGUUACUGGUGCUACUGCUGGUUUUGGAUAUGAGACCAAGGAUGCUAUUAAGAGAUUAGAAUUAGAAAUUGCCAAAGAGUUCGGCAAGACAAACUUAAAUGUUGACCAUGUUUUAGUUGACUUUGCCGUUUUAACAACCAUUAAGCCUGCUGCUGAAGAAUUCUUGAAGAAAGAAAGUAGAUUAGAUAUUAUCAUUCAUAAUGCUGGUGUUAUGAAUGCUCCUGACGGAUCAGUUACCAAACAGGGAUUUGAAUUACACAUAGGUACUAAUAAUCUUGGUCCUCAUUUACUUGAGAAAUUCUUAGAUCCUAUUAUUAUUAAGACAUCCCAAACCAACAAACCUGGCGGAACUAGAAUUGUUUGGGUGUCUUCUUUCACUCAUUAUUUUUCUUCCAAGGGUGGUCUUUUCUAUAGUAAUCCUAAUUUUAGAAAUACUAAAGCUGUUUCUGCAUAUAAAUAUGGUCAAAGUAAAGCUAUUAGUAUUCUUCAAGCCAAAGGUUGGAAUAGUGCACAUCCAGGAGGAUCCAACAUCAUUAGUGUCUCAUUAUGUCCUGGAUUUUUACACACAGAGUUAACUAGACAUUCAAGUGCCUUUGAACAGUAUAUGGCUUCAAUUAUGACAUAUCAUGUUAGGAAUGGAGCUUAUACAGAAUUGUUUGCUGCCUUUUCACCUGGUCUAUCGAGUGGAGAUCAUAUUGAAUCAUUUGGGAGACUCACUAAGGCAAGAGAAGAUUUAGAAGAUCCAGUUGCCAUUUCUAAAGCAUGGGAUUAUUUAGAUUCAAAUGUUGCAUCGUAUAUAUGUCUUAAUAUGAGUGUUUCCAAAACUUUGAAUUAA